AGACUGCUAGAGAGAAAUGUAAGGAAAAGAUAUUUUUCAGAUUGCAUAAACAGCUUGCGAAGAUUCAGCAAUGGUGACGACGAUUAGUGCUAGGGUUUGGAAAUGCCGCAGCUUAAUAAUGGUGGCGGUGAUUGCUUUUGCUCUGUUCGGAUCCAUAUCUUGUACAACUAGCAGCAGUAAUGGGAGUUCAUCUUCGGAGAAGGAGUAUGUUGUCACUCUGGAGCGCUCCAAUUUCUCCGAUUUCAUCUCCAAACACAAGUUCAUCGUAGUCGAGUUCUACGCACCUUGGUGUGGCCAUUGCAAGAAACUUGCUCCAGAGUAUGAGAAAGCAGCAAAGAUUUUGAAUGAAAAUGACCCACCUGUCAUCUUGGCCAAAGUUGACGCAAAUGAGGAGAAAAACAAGCCUCUUGCUAGUGAAUAUGAGAUCAAAGGUUUCCCUACAAUUAAGAUCUUGAGAUAUGGUGGGAGCGUUGUUCAGGAUUACAAAGGACCUCGUGAUGCUGAUGGGAUUGUUACUUAUUUGAAGAAACAAAGUGGCCCUGCAUCUGUUGAAAUAAAAUCAGUUGAUGAUGCUGCGGCUCUAAUUGAUGGCAAAAAAGUUGUUAUUGUUGGGGUAUUUCCAGAGUUCUCUGGAGAACAAUUUGAGAAUUUCACAACACUUGCUGAGAGAUUGCGAUCUGACUAUGAGUUUGGUCACACCCACAAUGCUGAAUACCUUCCCCAUGGGGACACAUCUGUAACUGGCCCUGUUAUCAGGCUAUUCAAGCCUUUCGAUGAGCUUUUUGUAGACUUUAAGGUGUUUGAUGUAGAUGGCCUAGUGAAGCUCGUUGAAGAAUCAAGUAUUCCCACUGUAACUCUCUUUAACAAAGACCCGACCAACCAUCCAUUUGUUAUCAAGUUCUUCAACAGUCCCAAUUCCAAGGCUAUGCUGUUCCUAAACUUUAGUAGUGAGCUAAUUGACACUUUCAAAUCAAAAUAUCACGAGGUAGCAGAGCAGUACAAAGGAAAAGGAAUUAGUUUUUUAAUAGGUGAUGUAGAAGCAAGUCAAGGUGCCUUCCAGUUCUUUGGGCUUAAAGAUGACCAGGUGCCACUAGUUAUCAUACAGACCAAUGAUGGAGGGAAAUAUCUCAAGCCAAAUGUAGAGCCAGACCACAUUGCGCCCUGGGUAAAGCAGUUUGAGGAUGGUAGUUUACAACCUCACAGGAAGUCGGAACCAAUCCCUGUGGUUAACAAUGAACCUGUUAAGGUGGUUGUUGCUGACAGCUUCCAAGAUAUGGUAUUCAACUCCCGGAAGAAUGUUUUAUUAGAGUUUUAUGCACCCUGGUGUGGACACUGCAAGAAGUUGGCUCCAAUUUUGGAUGAAAUUGCUGUUUCAUUUGAAAAUGAUUCUGAUGUUACCAUUGCUAAGAUAGAUGCUACUGCAAAUGAUAUACCGCGUGAAACUUUCGAUGUCAAGGGUUACCCAACUCUUUAUUUCAUCUCAGCUAGUGGAAAAGUGCUGCGGUAUGAAGGUGGUAGGACUAAGGAUAGCUUCAUUAGUUUUAUUCAGAAGAAUCGGGAUAAAUAUACUGAACAAUCUUCUGUCAAGGAGGAGUUAUAAUGAAGGAUGUAGAUCUUCAUUAUUAAAGGUUAUGCAUGCGAUCUUAAAGGCUAUUAGCUUUGUGGGAGGCUGACCAUUGAAAUCAGUUUCAGUUAAUCUGUCAUCUACUGUUGUUAUGCUUGCCUUCUGCUCAACCUUUGGAUGGAAACCCCAAAAACUUUAAUUAAGCUGGAAAUUUGUUUGGAUAGUUGCUUUUCAUAACAGUUUUAGUGAGGAAGCGAUGAUCGAAGAGUUAAAAUAUAAGCCAUUUGCAGGGUUUGUAUUUAUGAGAUGAUAGUUAUAUUUCAAGUGUUAUCCUAAUGCAAACUAGUUUUGCCUUAACCUCUCUUGCAAAUUUUGAUGCAUCUUUUGUAAGAAUAAAAUGUUUUAUGCCAUUUUUUACA